UUCGGAGUGUCAGUGUAAACCAAAAUGGCGAGCGUAUCGACGGUCCGUGACAGCUCUCGGUCUGUUUCACUCGUGUUCUCGAGGUGUUGAACGGGACGCGCGUGGUUAUGUGGUUCGCGUGACUGAUCUAGCUACGAACGGUGAGUGGAGAAUGAUCGAUUGUCCGUGGCAAACGUCGAAACAUAAUUUUUCCCGAUUUCUUCGGCUGGCUCGACACCCUCCUAUCAUUCGAUGGACAGUGGCGGGGUGACAUUGACGUUACUCAUUGAAUUACGUGCUCGUUCUAGUUACCCGUACGUUUGAAUUUUUAUCUCUCUCAGCGUCGGACACACGCACUAUCCGCGUUAACACGAAUGAUUAUGGGAAAUCCGUUUGUUGGGCGUGUAUCGCCGAUCGUUCAGAAAACGAACAAACGUUAGAAGAAGAAAGAAAGAAAGAGAGAGAGAGAUAGAUCGUUUGAUAGUGUUGAUUAUUAUUGUUUCGCGGAAGUGUCACGAGGUGUGUAUUGUUUCGAAAGUCGGAUUCCUGUGCCGUGCAUGUUCCCAAUCUUGUAGGUACUGUCGUGCGCGCCUUAGUUUUUAAUUGUAACGCUCCGUCCCGUUUGACCACGGCACACACAGAUGACGCGAUGACGUUGCAUUGGUGGAUGCACUGGUUCUGGGUUACCGCACAAUUUCUCGUGAUUUUAGGGAGCCCAGUGCCGUCGAGCACGGCAGAACCGCGUGGUGGCCAGGUGCAGGAUCGCCUGAGUACAGAAUCGACGUCGGAGAUCGCUGCGAUUGAAGCGGAGAGGGCCGAUCCUUGUCAGAGCUUCCGCGUGGCCAAAGCGAUCGGUCUUCAUCCUCCGACGAACGCGGCCGUGACCUCGGACAGGCAGCCGAGCACCGCCUCCACCCCCAUGGAGGAUUAUCACGGAGCGAGUGUCAUCGAGACCAGCACCAGUCCCAUGGAGGAUUAUCACGGUGGUAACGCGAGCAACGCGGUGAACGUGGACACCGCGAAAAGUUUCACGCCGCAGUUUCACGCCGACGGUGUGGACAGGGUUCGGAACCCCGCGACGAAGAAGGACAGCAAGAUCACGUGGAUCUUAACGACGAACAAAACUGGCGGCAGGUCGAAAUACGAACAGGAGGGGAAAGUCGACGAAAACGGGAACCGGAACGCCAGCGCGGACCAAGUGGAGGAUCUCACGGUGCUACCUCUUCAGGAAGAGGUGUCUAGAAUCAGGCUGGUACUGAACAAAACGAAAUCCUCCUCGCUUUUGUCGUCGUCCGCCGGCAGUCCCGGCGUCAGGACGUUCAAUCGAUCGGACGACGUCGAAAUCAACGGGGAGUUCAUCGAGCCGCAGUUGUUCGCCACGGCCGCGUCGAUUUUAGAAGUUGGAGUGAGCGAGUCAACGCGGUCGAGCAGAGCGUUUCCCAAAGGUUUCGGAAGGGAUCAGGUACAGGAAAACCAGAUCGACUACAACGAAAGUAAUAGCGAGAAUUCGAAGCAGGAAGGCGGUUCGAGAUCAACGGUGGACAUUGCCGCUAUUACCGGAAGUUGCCUAGCGACUGUAGUUCUGCUCAGCACAAUGGGUAGCCUUGGAUUCAUUAUGUACAGACGUAGGUAUCUGAAUCCGCCGCAAACGCUUAACAGCGACAAAUGCAGUAAUCCCGAUAGUUCUGGUUACAUCGAUGACUCCACGAUUCGUGACAAUUCCGAAGAGAUGUACAGCUUGGACAAUGACUCGUUCUUAAAUUCGCUAGAGGCGAUGACAAUACAAAACUAUUGGACGGACAGUGUGAAGCAUACGAAGCUAUGACAAAAAAAGAUAAUCCAGCCUGGAAGGAGGAUCGAAACGUUCAGUAUUUCCGAUGGCGAGGCGCAUGAGCAAAUAUCGUUAUUGGAACAGUAGUACUUACUCGACGAGUGCUCGGAGUUUUUUUUCAGUCGAAUGAGAGAAAGUGAAUAUUUGCCGUAGUUAUAAUCGCAUAUAGACACGCGCAGGAACGUUAUUUUUUUCCGAUUGAACGCAAUCAUUAGCGAUAAAGAAAAGAAAAAAAAAAAAAGAAAAAAGAAACGAGCGAAUAAAAUAUUUUAAGUCGAUUGUCGAGGACUUUUUAGGUAGAGAGAAGAAUGGAAAGAGAAGAAAACUCCGUCGGUCUUGCGAUUUUUUAAAAUAAAACUGACGAUAUAUCAAAAUUGCAUGGCUUGCGCGCGUUACUAUAUUCGCGUCGUACAUCGGGUGCACGCGCGUAAAUAUAUUGUAAAUAUAUUGCGUACACGAUGUAUAACACGACAUAUAGGCACACACGUCACGCACAUGCCUGAAUUUUGAUUUUAUCACUCGCAUCGUUCCCUCUAUUUUUCUACCGUGGUAAUAAUUGACAAUGAUUUAGAUGAUUGCUAAAAAAAAGAGAGAGAGAGAGAGCAGUUGCUGUCGUUUUCGUCGAACUGCAGUGAUCGGACAGUGCAAUAAAAUGUACUUUAUCGAUAAAGCGGUAAAUCAUACUGAGAGAGAGAGAGAGAGAGAGAGAGAGAGAAAGAAAGAGAGAGAGAGAGAGAGAGAGAAUUUUUUAGAACAGUAAGUACAAAGAAAACUGUUAAUGUUUAGCAUGAAUGUACAUUAGAAAUGCGAGACGUUCUUGUAAUAAUGAACCUCGAAUUCCUACGAGUCGUCGGACAACUACUUGUACUAUGAUAUAAGUACUUCCGUGUACUAUCUUGUACUAUCUUGGACUUCAAUUUCUACGAGAACUGUACUCACUGUACAUCGUCUCUUGGUUUUUAUGGUCUUACAGUCUUCGAACUUCAAUCGAGAAAAGUUAAAACGCGGUUCUAAAUAGGAUACAUACGUAAUAAUAGGGGCCGAAUACUGCUCGCUUGCAUACACGGUCAGCUUUUCGAAUAUUUUCGAGAUAUAGGAUCGGGCUAAUGAAAGAUCGGACCAAAAUACGUACCGUAGUUUGUAGCUUUACGCCUUUAUAACAUAUCCAGCAAGGAGGAUGCAAGGAGGAUCUCGUCCUCGCGUUUUCCACUUCACUUCUAGCUUGUACAUAUGUACAUCUACAUGUACUAUACAAUUAAUUAUGGAUAUAUCUAUGUAUAGAUGUGCGAAAAUUUCGCGACGGUACCCCUCCCUACCCGGGACCUUCAUCGAAAUGCGAUAUACGUUUCAGUAGCGGUUAGCAUUCGUUUGUUCAAAUAUAUUUCUAUACAAAGCCGUCGAGUCGCGAACGGUGAGCAAGGAGAAGAAUUUAUUGUGAUAGACCGUAGCGUUUAAUAAAUGUAAAAUUAUCAUUAAUUCGUUUCAUGCUAAUGAUUGUGAAUAAAUCCACACGUAUAUUAUUA